AUGGCGGGCGGGCGCGGGGCGCGGCGGGUGCCGGCGGAGCCGCGGCGGCUGAUGCGCGCGGGGCUGGCGCUGAUCGUGCUCGGGCACGGCAGCCUGGUGCUCGGCGCCAUCGUGCACGGGUCGGUGCUGCGGCACGUGGCCGGCGCCCGCCGCUCCGUCACCCCCGAGUACGCGGCGGCCAACGUGGUGUCCGUGGUGUCGGGGCUGCUGAGCAUCGCCGCGGGCAUCGUCGCCAUCCUGGUAUCGCAUAACCUGUCCCGCGCAGCUCUGCAUUGGACCCUGCUGAGUGUGUCCCUGGUGAACUGCCUCCUGUCCACAGCAUGCAGCGUGGGCCUGGCCCUGGCCAUCGCCCUCACAAUUCACAGCCGGGGCAUGCGCCUUGUCACGGGCUGCAACAGCUCGGCGCUGCCCGCGGAUGCCCGCGCAGCCAUCGUGACCAACGACUGUCCUUUCAACACCACGCGCAUCUACGACACAGCCCUGGCACUCUGGUUCCCCUCCCUGGUGCUGGCAGCUUCAGAAGCUGUGCUGUCUGGCCAGUGCUGUGUGGUGGCCCUGAUCUUCCGGGGCAUUGGGCCCUGUGCAAGGAGCUACGGCAAAGAGCAGCUGGCUGGGCCAGGUCCAGCAAAGGAGAGGCCACCCCGUGAGAUGCAGCAGCUCCUGGCAGGGCUGGCUGAGUCUCGUGCAUAGAUGGAGAGGUGGUGUGGCAGGAGAGCUGUGAUCCAGGCAGGUGAAGCUGCACCUGCCCCGUGCUCCUGCCCCAGAUGCAGGCAUGUGGCGAGUGGGCUGCAGGGGAUGGGGAGGGAUACGGCUUUCACCUCUCAGCCCCACCACCCCUCCUGGGACAAACCUGCGGGUUCCAUGCACAAGCUGCUCAAGGUCACCAAGCAGCCUUUGCCCCGCAGGUGCCAUGGGCCCUGGAUACUCUCCCCUUCUCUCCCCAAGCUGCAGGGCCCUUCCUGGCACACUAAAGGCUCCGAUGGUCUUUUACAUGCAGUGAUGGGGGCAAGCAGAGGUGCUGGGGCUGGCCUUGGGACCAGGUGGCCCUGCUGCAGAGCAGGCAGGGUCAGCUGGCUGUGCCUGUGCUCAGGCAGGCAAAGGAAUGGAAGGUAAAGAAUCCUUUUGUCAAUUCCCUGAGUAAAUAAAAGUUUUCCUUUUCA